AUGAAGGUCUCACAGGAUCGUCAAAGGAGUUAUGCGGACAAACGACGCAGACCUUUGGAAUUCGAGCAAGGGGAUCAUGUGUUUCUGAGAGUCACACCUACUACUGGAGUUGGCAGAGCUAUGAAAUCGAAGAAAUUGACUCUGAAAUUCAUUGGACCAUAUCAGAUUUCUGCACGAAUUGGACAUGUUGCUUAUCAGAUUGCAUUGCCUCCAAUACUGUAUGAAAUUCACAAUGUAUUUCAUGUGUCGCAGUUAAGGAAAUACCUUACAGAUCCGUCACAUGUGAUCGAACCUGACACAAUUCAACUGAAGGAUAACUUGUCAUUCGAAGUAUUACCUGUAAGAAUUGACGAUAUGAAGAUUAAGCGAUUAAGGAACAAGGAUGUUUCCUUGGUCAAGGCAUCUCUAUAUGGCAUAUUUCUCUCUAGAAAGAUUGUUUUGCAGGAAAUUUAUAAUGUGAUCCAUCAAGAAUCAUAUAGAAGAAAUGUUUAA